AUGCCCACCUCACCUAAGGAAUCACACGCUUCUGACACCGAGGGAGGUGAGAGGCCUCUCAGAGAGAGAUUGAGGAACGCCACCAUCAAAAGCGUACCGCAGCCUGCCGACACGACCGCGACCGCGACCUCGCAGCCCGAACCUGAGGCCGAGAAACCCCGCUCCAAAUUGCAGCGAAAGCGAAGUCACGAAGAUGUUGAGAACCCAGAGGAAGAGCCCGCGCAUAAGAGUAGACAGGCUCGCAAGAACAAGAGAUCUAGGGAAAACUCGCCCGAAGACAAGGUUGUUGAACAACCCAGCAAGCGCAAGUCUAGUGAACUCGAAAGAGAUGACCAGCCUGUAGCGGUGGAACUACCUCAGCCUUCUGCGCCAUCUACAUCGACUACCAAUGCAACCGAAUCAGACGGCUUAAACAAGUCUGACGAGAGUCCAAAGACGAAGCGUAGCAAGGUCGACGACACGACUGGUACCGACACGAUCUCGCAGACGACAUCAGAUGCAAAGGCAGCCGUCGAAUCUGAAGGAAAGACUGCUGAAGAGCCGGCACAACAACCCCAACCUGCUACCAAGAUCCCUGCAGGAAGUGGUUUCGCGAACACCUCUGCAUCCUCACCCUUUGCUUCCCUAGCCAACACUAAAUCCCCCUCAGAAACACCCUCAUCUACUACUAGCGCCUUUGCUUCAUCUGCCUUUGGUGCACUUGCUGGCUCUUCCACAUCGGCCUUUGGCACGCUCGGCCAGAAUAAGACUCUUUCUAGCUUCGCAAGUCCUGGGAGCACCCCUGCACCUGGCGAGGAUGGUGCUAAGCCAGCACCCACGCCAAGUGCUUUUGGCGGUCUUGCAUCUACAGCUUCACCCUUCGCAUCUGCUGGCUCUUCUGCUUUCGGCUCAGGCGCUUCUGGCUUUGGAAAACUUGGUAAUGGUUUCGGUGGAGGUUUCGGCGGCCUGGGCAGCGGCCAGAAAUUGACCAGCUUCGCAAGCAGCGGUACUCCCGGAGUCAUUGGUUCAAGCACAAAAACAGGCAUCACAGCGUUUGGCGCACCUGCCGAGGACGAGGAUGAGCAGUCUGGAGAUGACGGCGAGGAAGAUUCUGGAGCUAAGAGCCCAAAGCUUAUCGUCGAUGAGGACAAGAAGGACGAACGUUUCUUCGAACAAGACAUCGAAACUGGCGAAGAAGGCGAAACCACAGAGUACACAUGUCGCGCCAAGCUGUACAAUUUCGUGGACAAGAAGGAAUGGAAAGAACGUGGCAUUGGUGUCAUCCGUUUGAACGUGACUGAACCAAAGCCUGAUGAUAAGGACUCGACAAUUAAGGCUAGACUUGUCAUGCGUGCAGAUGGCUCACACCGCGUUAUCCUCAACACCCCUGUUCAGAAGGAUCUGAAGUAUGGUGAUGUGCAGGGCAACAGGCCCACUGGACAUUUCAUGAGUCUGAUGGGUUCUCUCGAUGGCAAGCCACUGCUCGAGAUUCUUCAACUGAAGCUGAGACCGCAAUUCGCCAUGGAACUUUGGGAUCAUAUCACAAGUUUGCAGGAACAGAUGUAG